AUGCUGAUGAUAGAUACAAAGCCAGAGGAGAGGCAGAGGAAAAAAAAAAGGUUUUUCUUUGACAGGAGAUGGCUGAAGAAAGAAGGUGUCCAGGAUGUGAUCAGAAAUGCAUGGGACCAAGUUUUUGAGGGAUCAAGAAUGUUCCGGAUCAAGUGCAAAAUCAGAAACUGCAGGAUUGAGUUAUUAAAGUGGAAGAACAACUCCAACUGUAAUGCCAAAAAGAAAAUUGAUCAGCUCAAAUCUCAGCUGGAGAAGCUUCAGUAUAAUACUCAUAUGGAAAGUAGAAGAGAAAUAGUGGACCUGAAAAAUCAAUUGAAGGUGGCGUACAAGGAGGAGGAACUGUUCUGGCACCAGAAAGCAAGAAUUAACUGGAUAAAGGAGGGGGAUAAAAACACUAAAUUCUUUCAUGCUCAUGUGAAGGGAAGGAGGAGGAGGAAUAGAAUGCUGAAUUUACAGAGAGAGGAUGGUUCCUGGACUGAGAAUGAACAGGAGUUGGGUAAGGAAGUUGCAGAUUUCUACAGACAGCUGUUCACUAGCAAGGGGAAUGGUAGUACUGAGGAGAUUCUUAGAGGCAUUCCACCCACCAUUACUGCGAGCAUGAAUGAUCAACUGACUAGAGGUGUGGAUGAAGAAGAAAUCAGAUCCGCUCUUUUUUCUAUGUCUCCUGAUACUGCACCUGGUAUGGAUGCUAAUAGGCUAAAAGGGGUGCUAAAUUUUUGCAUCAGUAAAACCCAAUCUGCUUUCAUUCCCGGUAGGCAAAUCUUAGACAAUGUCAUCAUAGCCCAUGAAUACUUGCAUUUUCUGAAAAACAAAAGAUAUGGGAAGGAGGGAUACAUGGCUGUUAAGCUAGACAUGUCUAAAGCUUACGAUAGAGUGGAGUGGAAAUUUUUGAGGGACAUAAUGCAAAAAAUGGGCUUUAGCAGUAGAUGGAUUAGAUGGAUCAUGAAAUGUGUUGAAUCUGUCUGUUACUCAUUCAAUAUAAAUGGUGAGGUGAAAGAGUUUGUUGUACCAGAAAGAGGCAUAAGACAGGGUGACCCCCUUUCUCCAUACCUCUUCCUACUGUGCUCAGAAGGAUUCUCAAACCUGCUGGACAGUGCUGAAGAGAACAAGCAGUUUACUGGGCUCAAAAUCAGUAGGAAUGGACCUAGACUAACACAUCUCUUUUUUGCAGAUGACUCAUUAAUAUUUUGUAAGGCAGACACCAAGCAUGCAGAGGAGCUAAGGAGGAUCCUGGAGGCCUAUGAAAGGAGCUCGGGACAGGUGAUCAACCUUGAGAAGUCUUCUGUCUUCUUCAGCAAAAACAUGGAACAUAGCAAAAAAAUAGAAGUAUGCUGCAGAUUGGGAAAUAUCCAAAUGGUCAACCAAGGCAAGUACCUGGGUCUUCCAAUGGUGAUAACAAGAACGAAGGACCAAAUCUUUGGUUUCAUCAGAGACAAUAUGAACAAGCAUUUGGGAAGCUGGAAGCAGAAGUUAUUAAGCCAAGCAGGGAAGGAGGUCUUAUUAAAAGCUGUGACUCAAGCAAUGCCUACAUAUGCUAUGUCAUGCUUCAAAUUGCCUCUGAAACUAUGCAAGGAACUGAGUGCAAUGAUGGCAAGGUACUGGUGGGGAGACAAUGAUGGAAAGGAUAAGAUGCAUUUAUGCUCAUGGAAGAGAAUAACUCAAGCAAAGAACCAGGGAGGACUUGGUUUCAAAGAUUUGGUCAACUUCAACAGAGCUUUGCUAGGCAAACAGAUAUGGAGAAUGCUUGUUAAUCCAAAUCUGCUUGCCUCCAAGGUCCUGAAAGCCAAAUACUAUCCUACUGGUUCCAUUUUCAAGAGCAAGUGCCCUCAGAAUGCUUCCUGGAUCUGGCAGAGCCUAAGGGGAGCUACGCAGCAGGUGGAGGAUGGCACCUGGAAGAAAAUUGGAAAUGGCCUUAGCACUGAUAUUUGGGAGGAUAAGUGGAUAGUAGGAAACAAAGAGGGAAGACCCUCAACAACUAAACCUCCAGAAUGCAAAGUGCAGAAAGUUCAGGACUUAAUCACUCAUAGGAGAUGGAAUAGAGUGGUAGUGCUCCGAACGUUCAAUGGAAGGGAUGCAGAAAAGAUCUUAAGCAUUCCCAUCAGUUUAGCAGGAAAGGAAGAUAGCAAUUUCUGGAUACAUUCUCCAACGGGGCAAUACACAGUGAACACGGGCUACAAGGUUCUAAUGAAAGAAAAGGAAAUCCGGGAAAGGAAUGGUUAUGAUGGAGCAGGUACAAGCCGACACAGUUCAUCAAAGCAGAUGUGGACUUGCCUUUGGAAAUUAAACAUCAAGCACAAACUGAAGACCUUCAUGUGGAAAUGCAUAAACAAUGCUCUCCCAGUCAAUGAAGUAAUCUUUAGUAGAACGCAAAAAGGAGAUCCCAUCUGUAAAGUCUGUGGGGAGGGGGUGGAAACUGUGGACCAUGCACUCUUGAACUGCAGACAGGCCAAGCAAGUAUGGCAGAUAGCUCCAGUGCAAUGGGAGGGGGCUAGGGAGAAACAAGGCUGUUUCAAGGACUGGUGGAAUGAAAUUGCAGGAGCCAGAUCUAGACAGGCUGGUGAUGAACAUCUGGGUCUAACGGUGAAUAUCUUAUGGCAAAUAUGGAAAAGUAGGAAUGAGUGGGAAUUCAACAACAACCAAAGGCAUGCCUUGAAAACAAUUCAGACAGCUCAAGAGGAGUGGAUAGAGUUUUGUGAAGUGUACAAAGACAAAGAGCAAUUGAGCACAGUAGAAACAGCUGCAAACCAGUUUCAAGGAGUAGAAGUAGAGGAUGCAGAGGUGGUCCAAGUGAAGAUUGCAGCUCUAAGGAACCCGAACAGUAAUGAGGUGGGAAUAGGGGUGACUGCUAUGUCAAAAGGAAAUGUGGUGGUGGCGGCUUGGGCAAUGCAUGAAAGAAGCUACAACUGUCCACAAUUGGACGAAGCUGAGGCUAUCAAGCUAGCUAUGAGUAAGUUAGUAGUCAAAGGCUGGAGGAAAGUCAUCAUACAGAGCUGCAACAAGCAACUCAUUCAGCAAAUCUGUUCCGGAAGAGCUUCCAAUAUCAAACUGAAUACUCUAGUUGAUGAUAUUCUAAGCCUGAAAGCUCUGUUUCGUAUGUGCUCGUUUUGUGCAAUUUCUAAAGUUGAUAAUCAUAUUAGCAUUAAAGUUGGAGACUAUGCAUUAGGCAUUAUUCAUGAUGAGGAAUGGUUCAAUCCUCUGUGCUGUUGA